CUCAAAAAUAGUUUUCUGCAUGACCUCUUUCUCACCAGCGAUUGCCGUUUCAGGACCACCACAACGCCAAAUACGACGGCGUCUUCAUCAACUGCCCUUACUACGGGUCGAACGACUCCGAGACGCCACGGACUGUGCGCGUGACCGUUACCGGAGCCGAGGUUGGCACGUCUGCGAGGAUCCCGGUCCACUACAGGGAACGCUUUCCCGGCGCAGAAGAACUGGACUCACUCGCGCUCUGCGUCCGACCUUUCUACGGCGGAGUGCCUAAGGUACACGACCUGAUGCACUUCCUGGCCUACUACUCGCACCACGGCGUCCAGAGGUUCACCUUCUACGCCGACACUUCCAGCCAAGAGGUGAACAAGUACCUGUGGACGCUCCGAGACCGCUUGAAAAUCGACUUCUUCGCCUGGUCUCUACCCGCUGCCAAGAAGUCUUGGGCCCUGGCUCAGAACGUCUUCACGCAGGAUUGCCUGUACCGGCACAUGAAUGCUUCGCGGCGGGUCCUGAUCGUCGACCUCGACGAGUUCGUGUUUCCGCUUCCCGUGCGCGGCAGGCCCCGAACCAUAGCCGAACUUGUGGCUACGUUUCCGGCGCACAAGACGUGUCUCGUGGUGCGCAAUGUGUUCUGGAUUCGGGCGACCUCCAGGAUAGAUCGGCCUUUCAUCUUCGCGAGCCUGAACCGCAGUCGCCGCGUAUGGCCAAUGGGCAUCAGGAGCAAGUACUUCGCAGAUCCCCUGGGCGUUCUGGAAGGAGGGAUACACUUCUGCAGGCGCUUCGUGGUCGUCGGUGGCCGAUCCAUCGACAAGCAGGAUUGGGUGCGCCAGGCGCUCCUGUACCAUUACCGCAUCGGAUACCGCAGCGUGUCGAAAGAAAUAUUCGCUAGGGAUACGAGCAUGCUGGUUUGGAAGGAGCCAGUGAUGGCUUCGCCGUUGAUAGCGAAGUCCGACUUCUGGAGAAGCGCUGCGUACAAGAUUCACGACGGCCUGUGGAACAGUUUCGACGUGGUGCUGAGACUAGUUCAGCGAAACUAUAAGGGUGUCUUAUGACUUUAUCGCGAUAUGUCUAAGGCCAUUCGAGCAAUGCCCUCGGUGCCAAGUCAGACUGACCGUGGUGGUCAUGGUUCCUAUACUGAAAGCUGUGAACGCUCAGCAGCCUCUCUAUCACCGUGGUGCCUGCAUCCAUUCCAAGCCUUUCUCGUCAUUUCUGGCAUCAAAUGGAAAGUUGAGAUGUCAACUUUCGCCCUCAGAUAAACUGUACUUUCAUUCCUGAAUGAGAAGCGCAGAGAAUGCAUCCACGUUUGCACUGACGCUUCUGUCUCCUCCAAAAGUUCAGCUGGUGUAAUAGUAAUUCCUGCGAAGUUUAUCAUAAUCCAAUUCCGGACGUCUCACAUUACACGGCGGCAGAACUCGCAGCUAUCCGUGCUGCUCUGUAGUUUAUUGGCCACGUAUAAUCACAGUCAUCAUUUUUGCGACCCGAAGACAGCUCUACGGUGUCUGAUGUCCCCUUUCAAUUAGGGACCUAACGUGCAAUUAGUCGCAGACAUCCGUCUACUUCACCAUCACGUAAUCGACAAGGGGAAUAACAUCAUCUACCAGUCGAUACCGGGUCACUCUGGAAUUUCCGGAAAUCACAGUGCGGAUGACGCCACCCGAUGGGCCGACGAUGGUACCCAUUUUAUAUCAAUACCACUGUCCGAGAACGGAUUUAGCCACAAGGCUUUGCUCCCUCGCACACGGGCUUACGCAAACUCUGUGGAACACUAGUGAAUUCACCAACGCACGUCUCCACAAAUUUGACCCACGUCUGCAACUCCGUCUUCCACCAGGGCUAUCACGAACGGAAGCAAAACUUCUGUGCCGCCUGUGACUUGGACUGGCAUUCACGUUCCUCCCGCAAUGGAAUGGCCGACAGCCCUGCUUGGGACAACUGUGGCGGCGAGGAGACGAUCAAGCACCUCCUCUGUGACGGUUCCCGUUAUAAUGUGGCAAGAAAAAAGCUCGAGACCGCGAUAGAAAAACUGGACGAUCGUCCCUUGAAAGAGGAAGUUCUAGGUCACUGGUCCGGACGGGUUUUCGCACUCAAGGCCUUAAGCGCUCUGCUCAAGUUCUUAAGGGCUUGUGAACUGUGCGACCGACUUUGAAAGCUGCAGCCCGUAGCAUCGCGUUAUUGGGUGAACUAUUUCUCAGUUUAGUUUUUCUUUUUUUCUUUCACCUUUUAUAGCCUCUCCCUUUCCCCAGCACAGGGUAGCCAGCCGGUACUUACACUGGCUAACCUCCCUGUCUCUCCUCGUCCUUUUAUUCUCUCUCUCUCUCUCUCUCUUUCAGCACCCGUGAGUUGCAAGUCUCGGACUUGAAGAGCACGUGAUAGAAUGGUCUGUAUAGAAAUUUGAUGUGUUCAAUAAAUUCGGAAAUUGA